GGCUUCGAUUUUGAUAUCGAGGGCUCUGCAGUCGCAGAGACUUCCACUAACCAACGGCGAGCGGCGGUAUUCUCAAAACUACAGCAACAGUACCCUUCUAUGGUGUUCUCUCUCACACUCCCAUCAUUACCCACUGGCCUCGACAACAAUGGCCUGGCUUGUUUGAAGACAUUUAUUUCAUCCGGUAUCCGAAUCGACACCAUUCGAUUAAUGACCAUGGACUUUUACGAUGAAUCCGUAUCAACAGAUAUGGGGGGUGCUGCAGUUAAUGCUCUGGAAGGGCUGAAGGGCCAGCUUGCUCAAGUGUAUCCAACGUUUUCGUCGCAGCAAUUGUAUAAGAUGAUAAUGCCGGUUGUAAUGAUUGGCCAGAAUGAUGAUGGAUCAGUGUUUACUCUCGACGACUGCAAGACACUCUGCUCGUACAUCAAACAAAACGGACUUGCUGGAUUUUCGUUUUGGGCUCUGCAACGAGACCAGAGCUCUCAAACGGGUGGUCUCGCCUGUUCGUCUAUGAUUACUCAAAAGGACUUUGAUUUCUUGAACACCGCCCAUAGCAUUCUCGGAGGUUCGUCGCCUACUCCUUCACCCGUUCCUGCCCCAUCCCCAGCUCCGACUCCAGCUCCUACUCCUGCUCCUGUGCCUGCACCUCCCCCUGCACCUGCGCCUGUUCCUGCUCCACCCAGCAACGCGACUCCAUGGACAACCGGGAUAAAUUACAAAGUCGGUGAUUUUGUCAGUUACGCCGGGCAUACCUAUGUAUGUCGCAUGGCCCAUACUAGCAUUGUGACCUGGUUCCCAUCUAUAUACACUCAAUCGCUCUGGACGCUGAUCAACUGAGCGAUCACACGGUGUAGUACCGCUCCCACGAAUUCUUCAUCGCUUUGAUGUAAUCACUGUCGUCAAUUUCCGAUGGCUGCCACGGCUCCUCCUUGAUGAUCAAAAACGGAACGCCAUAUCUAGGGAAUUUCUGGCGAAGGAAGGCUGUCAUGUUGAGCGUGUCAUCGUCCAGCAGCACCUCUAGAAACCUCACACCAUACCGGAUCAGGCGUCGCCGGGUCUCGAUGCCUCGCCGAGAGUAUGAGUACAGUCAAACCAGAAAGAAACGGGACAGUCACUUCCUGGCAUCAGCGACACAGGUCUGCUGAUCCGUAGACCCCAGUGGGCAGGUCGUGCGAUUGU